GCGAAGACUGGUUGGUGCGAGAGGCUGAGGAAACGGCGCCUGCGCUGCGGGAGGAGGAACCAGGGCGGUAGCAGCUGCCUGGGCUGCGACCGUCGCUCUUUUGGUUUCAGGGCGAGAUCGCAGCAGUACCGCAUAUAGCGACCCAUGAACACGGAAGACCACAAGAGGGGGAAGAAAGGCCAUUCACGAUGUCAUCAAUCGCUGCAUAUUAUGCAGGAAAAAAUGUACUCAUCACAGGAGCCACAGGGUUCAUGGGCAAAGUACUUGUGGAGAAACUGCUGCGAUCCUGCCCUAAGGUGAAUGCCAUCUACAUUCUGGUGAGGCCGAAGGCUGGACAGUCAAUGCAGGAAAGAGUCAUGGAUAUGAUGAAAUGCAAGCUGUUUGAUAGGGUGAGAGAAGACUUCCAGAAAAAGAUUAUUCCUAUUUGCAGUGAGCUGAUGCAACCUAAUCUGGCAAUCAGCUCAGAAGACACCGAACGAUUGCUCUCCUGCAUUAAUAUAAUCUUCCACUGUGCGGCCACCAUACGAUUUGAUGAGCCUUUGAAACAUGCCCUCCAGUUGAACGUGGUGGCCACACAGCAGCUCUUGGUGCUGGCCCGACAGAUGCAGAAGCUUGACGCCUUCAUCCACAUCUCCACUGCUUAUGCCAACUGCAACCGCAACCAUGUUGAUGAGGUCAUCUACCCUCCAGCUGUAGAGCCAAAGAAACUCAUUGACUCUUUAGAAUGGAUGGAUGAAAGUAUGAUCCAGGAUAUCACCCCCAAACUGAUUGGAGACCGACCAAACACGUACACUUAUACAAAAGCACUUGCAGAGUACGUGGUCCAGCAAGAGGGUGAGGAUUUAAAUAUCGCCAUUAUCAGACCUUCCAUUGUUGGAGCAAGCUGGCAGGAGCCAUUCCCAGGUUGGAUCGACAAUUUCAAUGGACCAAGUGGGCUUUUCAUUGCUGCAGGUAAAGGGAUUCUUCGUACUAUGAGAGCAACCAACAAUGCAGUGGCUGAUUUGAUUCCUGUUGAUGUAGUUGUUAACCUCACACUUGCAGCUGGCUGGUAUACAGCAGUUCACAGACCAAAAAUUACCCUUAUUUACAAUUGUACCACAGGAGGUAUCAACCCUUUUCACUGGGGAGAGAUUGAGUACCAUGUCAUUUCAACAUUUAAGAGGAACCCAUUGGAUCAAGCCUUUAGGAGGCCGAAUGCAAAUAUAACAUCAAAUUACUUGAUUAAUCAGUACUGGAUUGCUGUCAGUCAUAAAGCCCCUGCUUUGCUUUACGAUCUCUACCUGAGGCUAACAGGACAAAAACCAAGAAUGAUGAAGAUCUUCAACAGACUUCACAAAUCCAUGAUGCUACUGGAAUACUUCAGCAGCAAGUCCUGGGAUUGGACUUCAGAGAAUAUGAACAUGCUGAUGAGUCAGCUCAGCCUAGAGGAUAAGAGGAAAUUCAAUUUUGAUGUCCGCCAACUUCACUGGCCAGAGUAUAUUGAAAAUUACUGCAUAGGAACCAAGAAAUAUGUGCUAAAUGAGGAUAUGUCUGGACUUCCAGCAGCUAGACAGCACCUAAAGAAGCUACGAAACAUCCGGUAUGCCUUCAACACCAUUCUCCUCAUCUUCAUCUGGCGUGUUUUUAUUGCUCGGUCACAAAUGGCUCGCAACAUCUGGUAUUUUGUGGUGAGCCUGUGCUACAAAUUCCUGUCUUACUUCAGAGCAUCCAGCACCAUUCGACACUGAGGCCAAACCCGCAUGACAAACCAUAAAUUUGAAGAAUCAGUUUGUUCCAAAUGGCUAACAAUUCAUUAGGAAUAAGGAAUAUCUCAAUUUCCAAAAAAAAAAGUCUUCCCAAGACCAUAUUUUGGAAAAAUUUCCCAAGUCAGUGUAAAAAAAAAGACUUUGCAUUCCAAUGUAAUCAAACUACACACUGCCAUUAUUAUGAUAAAGAACAAUGAUAUUUUCUCACCAAGCAUAUGCUAGUGUGACUCUCUUGUUUUCUAUCUUACCAGCUUGCUCAGAUUGACAGUGUAAACAGUUUUCCAAUGUCUGUAUAUCUCUAGACACUGUCAUGCAAACCCAGGCUUAACUUGUAAUUGCUGGAAUGGACUGAAGUUCAAAAUUGUCUCUUCUGUGCCAUUAUGUUUUGGAUGCAGGGCUCUUAUUCACAAAAAGAACCUGUACAAUGUAUAGUACUAUUUAGUCCCAAUGUGUCCAAAAAUGGUUUACAUCCAGUUAAUUUUUGUGAAUACAACUUGAAGCCCAUCGUACAGUUAACGUACUAGAAGUUCGCUUUUCCAGCAAUAACAUGGUAACAUUCUUCUUCUUGGUGCUAAAAUGGCAAUGACAGCUUAAACAAUACUGGGUGGUUUACACUUGUAAAAUGUAUAUAAAGGUUAACACGACCAAAACCUCGGAGUUUAUUUCUGAUAUUUGCAGAAAGUCACCACUUUUCCCUCCCAAAAUUGUCAAUAUGCUAUCAAAUAAAGACCUUGACAGCAACCUUGUGCAUUUUUAUGACAACAGAAUAAAAAGGACUGAUGUGUGAACCUAUUUCAGUUUUGUUUUAUGCCUGUCCAAGGAUCAUUAAAAGAUGAGAUUUUAUCAUUGGUCCUGAUUAUAAGGGAAGAAAAAGUAUGUCAUGUAGAGCAAGUGGAUAUCAGUACUAGAUGUGAUAAUGUUAUUGCUUCCAACACAAAUGCUGAGAAAUUAAAUACUACUUUGGAUAUUUGUAAGAAUAA